UAGCUGACAUCAAUAACAUACUAUACAGAAAGCCCCUAGAUAUGCAGAGAAGCAAUUUAAGUUAAAUUUGUCCCCAGGAUGCGACCCACACCAGUCGACUAACACCCAGGUACCUAUUUUUACUGCUAGGUGAACAUGGACAGCAGGUGUCUCCAGGAAACACAUCCAAAUCUUUUGCACCCGUACCAUGGAUCGAACCACAGACUUCAGUGUGCGAGGUGAGUGCGCUACCCACCCAGCUACGGGGCACACCAAAUGUAAUAUUACACUCUCGUUUAUCCCUGUGAAUUACCCCUUACCCUCUCCUCCCCUUCUCUCCUUCCCUCGCAGCAUGAUGCAGACAAUUGACUUCAUCCUGCUUACCAGAGGUGAGAAACUGUUGUUGAAACCAACAGUCAGUAGUCACGAGGAAAGCAGCUGACAGUAGACACGGGAAGAGGAGCUGACAGUCAUUAGACACGAGGAGAGCAGCUGACAGUCAAUAGACACGAGGAGAGGAGCUGACAGUCAGUAGACACGAGGAGAGCAGCUGACAGUAGACACGAGAAGAGGAGCUGACAGUCAGUAGACACGAGGAGAGCAGCUGACAGUAGACACGAGAAGAGGAGCUGACAGUCAGUAGACACGAGGAGAGCAGCUGACAGUCAAUAGACACGAGGAGAGCAGCUGACAGUCAAUAGACACGAGGAGAGCAGCUGACAGUCAAUAGACACGAGGAGAGCAGCUGACAGUCAAUAGACACGAGGAGAGCAGCUGACAGUCAAUAGACACGAGGAGAGGAGCUGGCAGUCAGUAGACCCGACAAGAAGAGCUGACAGUCUGGUAUACGAUAAGGAAAGAUUGUCUAUCACCUCUUACACCAGUGUUUCCGACAGAUAAUGAAGUUCAGUGAUUCCGCAUAAUGUAAAGGAAAAUAAUGUGCGUGUAUGUGCAUUUGUGUUCAUGUGUAUAAGGAAAGAUAAAGCAUACACAGGGGCUGUCACCAUGACUAGUGGGUUUAGUACCGUGUUAAACACUGCACUGGCUGAGGGUACAGUAUUUAAGUCACUUCUCCCAGCUGUUAAUUCUGGGAUAUAACAACGAAAUGCCAGCUGGUAGGUCACUGGCUACUUGAUCACUGAUACCCAGAAGUGCCCUGUCUAGUGUUUACCAAGAAGGUCAUUUGAUAAUGGAGAGGCACAUUCCCCUGGAGGGGCAGAGUCAAGUCUCAUCUUCCUAGUGUUUCCGUCUCUCAUUUCGAUGUUAGAGAGAAUAGUUAUCAGGAGGAGAAAUCUCCAAGUAACUUCAGUGAAUCCUGAAGAAGAAGACGAAGAAGAAUGCUGGCAUUAUCAUCUUGUCAUUGUUGCCUCAAAAUUGUUAUUUUUGAGAUGCUCGUUUUUAAAAUGUAAAUCAUCUAUGUCUAUGACAAUGUGAAUCUUUUCCAGGUAUGUGAAAAAUGUGAGUGAUAUGUGUUUAUAAAAAGUGUGAAUAGGCCCAUGGAAAAACGCGAAUACUCUGGGUGUUAGAAAAAUGAAGCAAGCCUGACACGAAACAUUCAAAUUUUUAUCUCUGUGUUUGUAUAGGGACUUUGGAAGUGUCACAUCAGCAAAAGUGACAGCGGGUGAGACAAGACGUCAGCAGAAAUAUAUCUCACAGCGAUAUGGAAUCAUCAGCGAGCGUGAACGAAGAUCUGAGCCUCAACAACCAGACCAACCAAAAUCAUAUUCUUGAGGACUCAAGAGAUGUCACUUUCUCGGCAUGUAGCCUACAAGAUUGCACAAGAGAUGUCACCACCGGGGAUUUCAGCCUACAAGAUAACUCAGAUGUCACUACCAGGGCUGCAGCCUAGAGGAUAACUCAGAUGUCACUACCAGGGGCAGCUGCAGCCUAGAGGAUAACUCAGAUGUCACUACCAGGGGCAGCUGCAGCCUAGAGGAUAACUCAGAUGUCACUACCAGGGGCAGCUGCAGCCUAGAGGAUAACUCAGAUGUCACUACCAGGAGCUGCAGCCUAAAGGAGAAAUUACAUCAGAAGCAGAAUUGUCCAGAGGAGAAACAAGAACCAGAAGAGCAACAUGUGUCGAUGAUACAGCAGCAGGAGCAGGAGAAUAACCAUCUGGUGCCAGAGAAACGACAUAGUCCCGAGCCUCCCGACGGAGGCUGGGGUUGGGUAGUUGCUGCCGGAGUUUUCUUAAUAGCAUUAGUGGUGCCGAUGUUGUCCCCGUCCUUCGGUAUCCUGUUCUCUCCUCAACUUCUGGAGUGGCAGGUGUCCAGCACCACCGUCGCUGUCAUCUACAGCGCCUUCAUGGUAGUAUGGAAGCUGACUGGUGUCAUCGUGGGCUCCCUGGCACGAGAGUUUGGCUUCAGGAAGGUGGCCAUGACGGGGACAUUGCUCACAGCCUCCUGCCUCACCUUCAGCGCCUUCGCCACCUCUCCUGUGCUCCUCUUCGUGUUUUUCUCACUCGGAUGUGGUUUGGGUAAUGGCUUGUCCUGUGUAGGUUACCUCAUCCUGGCCCAGUAUUUCCAGAGACACAGAGGUCUCGCCAACACCUACCUCAUGGCCGGCGCUGGACUCGGCCACUUCAUUAGUCCAUUGCUCAUCCGCCUCCUGCAGGACAAAUAUGGCUUCAAAGGUGCUACCAUGAUCAUCGGAGUUAUCAUCCUUCAUGGCUUUGUGGGCGCUGCUUUGUUCCAUCCAGUAGAGUGGCAUCAGAGAGGUUCCCAAAGGAAAGCAUCUCUUGAUGAUUCUGAGGAUGCUGAUGCUCUUGUACCAGAGCCGAAGAGCUCCGGUGACAGAAGUUUAAGAGGUGGUGGCUCAAGUGGUUUCAAUACUCAGCUGGGCAAGCUCAAAAAGCCAAAGUUCCUUACGCCAACAUACUUACAGAAUGUGAACGGAUGUAAAGACACCAUUAUGAGUUUUCAGGAGCAUGAAUCUUUAACCUCAGACAAGGCUGAUGCAAACCUGUGUGAUCUGCCCUUUGCUAACUCCAACACUCAGGCUAAUGAUAAGGCUACGUCAGCUGAAAGAGGUGUGAACUGCAUAUGUGCUAUCUGGAGCACCAUCAUACGCGUGGUUUGCUCAGUCAUAAAUGACAUUCGCAUCUUGAGACAUCCUUCCUGUCUAAUCAUAGCCUUAGCAUCAACUCUGGUUGUUAAUGGAGAGGCUAACUUCACUGUGCUGGUACCAUUCGCUAUACAGGAUGCGGGUCACUCUCUAGAAACGGCAGCCCUGUGUAUAUCUGUAGCUGGUAUAUGUAACUUCAUCACCAGACUGUGUGUGUCUGCCCUCUCAGACUUCCCUUGGUUCAGGAUGAGACUCUGCUACAUGACUGCCAUUGCUACCCUGGGAAUAUCAAUCAUUGUAUUCACAUUACAGACGAAGUCUGGGUGGCAGGUGGGACUGAUGGGCGUCAUCGGGUGUGCCAUCGGCACCUUCUUCGGUCUUAGCAACCUCCUCAUCACCCAGAUUGUCGGCCUCUCUAACCUCACCUCUAUGUAUGGGGCCAAGAACUUCCUAGGAGCCCUCGGCUUUUUCUCCGUUGGACCACUAAUCGGAAUGAUCCGGGAUGCGAGUGGUAGUUACUUGGUCAGCAUGUGGGUCCUGGCUGCCAUCACUCUAGCCAGCUUCCUGUCCUGGUUUACGGUUCCAGUCUCCAUAAACCAUGACUGCCGCAGGACAGCUCAAAAGCCCAGUGUAAAAUUUUACAAGGCAAGAGUGACGGACGAUCAUCGGCACAGCAGCAAAGAGGACCUCAGAACAGCUGCUGACGAGGAGAGCCAACAGCACCUAGGGGUGCAACGGAUGCAAAAACAGCAGCAGCAGGAACAGGAGACACAGCAACAACAGGAUGUGAAGUGCCUGCAGGAUCAGCACCAGCAGGAGGGUCCUCGACCUCCUGACGGAGGUUGGGGCUGGAUGAUAACUCUCGGCGUCUUCCUAAAUUCGUUAACUACACCGAUGUUGUCCCCGUCCUUCGGUAUCCUGUUCUCUCCUCAACUUCUGGAGUGGCGAGUGUCCAGCACCACCGUCACUGUAAUCUACAGCGCCUACAUGGUAGUAAAGAAACUGACUGGUGUCACCGUGGGCUCCCUGGCACGAGAGUUUGGCUUCAGGAAGGUAGCCAUGACGGGGUCACUGCUCAUUGCCUCCUGCCUCACCUUCAGCGCCUUCGCCACCUCUCCUGUGCUCCUCUUCGUGUUUUUCUCACUCGGAUGUGGUCUGGGAAGUGGACUAACGAGUGUGGGCUUCCUAAAAAUUGCUCAGUAUUUUGACAAACACCGUGGCUUAGCAAACACCUUUAUGACAUCUGGCAUCGGGCUAGGUAAUUUCAUGGGUCCUCUUCUCAUCAAGUACCUACAGGACGAAUAUAGUUUCCAGGGCACUACGAUGAUCCUUGGAGCCAUCCUCCUUCACGGGUUCGUGGGUACGACUCUCUACCAACCAGUUCAGUGGCACAUGAAAUACCCCAAACGUGAGCGAGAUUCUCCAAACAAUGAAAAUGUCUCUUUGAUUUUGCCACAAGAAGAGAACUCAGAAAUCACAAAAUGCGAUAGUUCCAUCGUCUCUGUUUUGCAGCAGGAAGAUUGUGUGCGGUCAGGCGUAGAGGGACGAACUCAUUCACAUGAAGGCAGUAGAAGGUGGCAUGGAAGCCAAUUAUUUACAUUGCAGGAGGAGGUGGUGUGGCUGACUGGAGUGAUGAGUGUGUGGGGGAUUGCAGCAGGCUCCUUCCAUGGCCUUAGCAACCUUCUCAUGGUCAGGAUCGUCGGGGUGUCUAACACCACGGCUAUGUUCGGGGCCAGGAAUUUCAUGAUGGCCUUCGGGUUCUUCACUAUUGGUCCCUUGAUCGGUGUGGUUCGUGACGCCAGCGGUAGCUACAUUAUCACAAUGUGGGUGCUGUCUGCUAUGAUCUUCACCAGCUGCAUCCUCUGGUUAUUCAUGCCUGCCGCCCAGGCCUACGACCAACGCCUAAGGAAAGAGAUAGGGGAGAAGGCGGAUGCUUCCCUCCGCAUGACUAUGGCUCCCAUCUCCAUGGAGUCUUCGUCAGACAAGGCAAGAGUGACGGACGAUCAUCGGCACAGCAGCAAAGAGGACCUCAGAACAGCUGCUGACGAGGAGAGGCAGCAGCGCCUAGGAGUGCAACAGAAGCAAAAACAGCAGCAGCAGGAACAGGAGACAGACCAGCCACAGGAGAAACAGCAGCAACAGGAUGUGCAGUGCCUGCAGGAUCAGCACCAGAAGGAGGGUCUUCGACCUCCUGACGGAGGCUGGGGCUGGAUGAUAACUGUGGGCGCCUUCUUAAAUGCGUUAACUAUACCGAUGUUGUCCCCGUCCUUCGGUAUUCUGUUCUCUCCUCAACUUCUGGAGUGGCGAGUGUCCAGCACCACCGUCGCUGUCAUCUACAGCGCCUACAUGGUAGUAUGGAAGCUGACUGGUGUCAUCGUGGGCUCCCUGGCACGAGAGUUUGGCUUCAGGAAGGUGGCCAUGACGGGGUCACUGCUCAAUGCCUCCUGCCUCACCUUCAGCGCCUUCGCCACCUCUCCUGUGCUCCUCUUCGUGUUUUUCUCACUCGGAUGUGGUCUGGGAAGUGGACUAACAUGUGUGGGCUUCCUAAAUAUUGCUCAGUACUUUGACAAACACCGUGGCUUAGCAAACACCUGUAUGACAGCUGGCAUCGGGCUAGGUAAUUUCAUGGGUCCUCUUCUCAUCGAGCACCUACAGGACGAGUAUGGUUUCCAGGGCGCUACGAUGAUCCUUGGAGCCAUCCUCCUUCACGGGUUCGUGGGUACGACUCUCUACCAACCAGUUCAGUGGCACAUGAAAUACCCCAAACAUGAGCGAGAUUCCCCAAACAAUGAAAAUAUCUCUUUGAUUUUGCCACAAGAAGAGAACUCAGAAAUCACAAAAUGCGACAGUUCCAUCGUCUCUGUUUUGCAGCAGGAAGAUUGUGUGCGGUCAGGCGUAGAGGGACGAACUCAUUCACAUGAAGGCAGUAGAAGGUGGCAUGGAAGCCAAUGUUCGCUUACAUCUAUUGCUUCUAGUAAAAACUCAUAUGCUAUUAUCUGUGACCGGGACAUAGCUAGCAUAGACUCUGUUGGUUCCUUGACAACACUGCGUAUUGAGAAUCUAUCAAAAAACAAUGUCAAGACAACAUCCUUACCUCAGGAAGAAAAUAAUGAAGAUGUAACAAAAACUAACUUCAAAACAUCCUCACCUAAGAAAAGAAGUCAGAAUUGUUUCUAUAAACUUUUCAGUACCAUUUUACGGGUUCUUCGUGCCACUGUCAAAGAUAUCACCAUUCUAAGACAUCCUCCCUCCUUAAUUAUAGCCGUGGGAUCCAUGCUGAUUAUUGGAGGAGAAGCAAACUUCAACGUACUGGUGCCUUUUACUAUACAAGCAGCAGGACACUCACUGCAGACAGCCGCCUGGUGCCUCUCCGUGGCCGGAAUAUGUAACUUCUUCACCAGACUGACCGUCUCCUUCCUUUCUGACUAUUCUUGGUUCAAUAUGAGACUCUGUUAUGUGAUAGGACUGGCUACCAUGAGCACCGCAAUCAUUGUAUUUACAUUGCAGGAGGAGGUAGUGUGGCUGACUGGAGUGAUGAGUGUGUGGGGGAUUGCAGCAGGCUCCUUCCAUGGCCUUAGCAACCUUCUCAUGGUCAGGAUCGUCGGGGUGUCUAACACCACGGCUAUGUUCGGGGCCAGGAAUUUCAUGAUGGCCUUCGGGUUCUUCACUAUUGGUCCCUUGAUUGGUGUGGUUCGUGACGCCAGCGGUAGCUACGUUGUUGCACUGUGGGUGCUGUCUGCUAUGAUCCUCACCAGCUGCAUCCUCUGGUUACUCAUGCCUGCCGCCCAGGCCUACGACCAACGCCUACGGAAAGAGAUAGACGAGAAGGCGGCUGCUUCCCUCGUGUGAACUCUUUUAAAUCUUAUUAUAUUGUAAAAUUGAAUAAACAUGAAUAUGGAUA